UUUUUAUGGCGAUAUUUUUCUUUCUAGUUUUUAUUUUGUGCAUAGCAUCUUGUAAAGUUGAUGCCAUAAGCAAAACUCUACUAAAUGAGCAAUAUCAUUUUGUUACAUCAGAUAAUUUCGUGGAUCAAGUAGACAAUGAUUUUGAUUGUGUUGAUAUCUACAAACAACCUGCUCUACAACAUCCAUUAUUAAAAAAUCACAAAAUUCAGCUUUAUCCAAACUUUGAAACAAAUAUCACUCGAAGUAGACCAUAUUCUACUGGUAAAAAUGUAGAAGAAUGUCCUACUGGAAAAGUUCCUAUUCACAAAAUGACAAGAAGACCUCGAAUUGUUACUAAUUCAUCUUCCAAAUCACUCGUCGAAGAUUUUCAACAAUAUUCUCAAAGCUCCCAUGGAUACCAUUCUGUUAGCCUCGAUACAACACAAAACAUGAUAUUUCAUGGAGCUCGUGCAAUAAUAGGUGGAUAUAAUAUAUCACUUAAAAGAGGUCAAUAUAGCGUAUCUUCCAUUUGGGUUCAAAAUGGUCCACCAACACAACUUAAUAGCAUACAAGCAGGAAUAGGAUUUCAUCCAAGCAUAUAUGGAGACAGUCAACUACGACUAAUUGGUCAUUGGACGGCUGAUGGUCACCUUAAAAUCGGAUGUUACACUCAUGCUUGUCCAGGUUUCGUACAAGUUAAUCCAAACAAAAAAUUUGCUCUUGGAGCUGUCCAAUCACCUGUCAGUCCCAUUGGGACACAGGACAAAUGGGUUCUUAUUGUCAAAAUUAAACAGGAUCAAUUCACGGGUCAUUGGUGGUUAAUUGUUGAAAAAGAAGAAAUUCGUGUUGGAUAUUGGCCUAAGACAUUGUUUACUCACUUAAGCAAUGGAGCAUCAUUGAUUAGAUUUGGUGGUGAAACUUAUGCUCCACCUAAUAUGGAUAAUCCCCCAAUGGGUACUGGGAGACUACCUCAAGAAGGAUUUAAAUACUCAGGUUUCAUGGGACUCCUUGAUAUUAUUGAUUCAAAAUAUAAUGAAAUUGAGGUUAAACGAAGUGAAAUUAAAAAAUAUAGUGAUGCCAAUUCAAAGUGUUAUGACUUGCGAUACACUGGCUAUCAAGGAACCCAGUAUCGACAAGCUUUUCUUUAUGGUGGGCCAGGUGGAUCAUCAUGUGGUAUAUGAUGUAUUCACAACGUUAGUAAAUAAAAGGCCUAAAAAUACUAUUUAAUAAAAUUUUACUUCAUAUCGUGAUGUCUUCUUUGAAAUAAUUCAUU